CUUUAAUUUGACAAGGCUGCAAUUAAGGGACGAGAUCAAGCUCUUACGCAAUCGCUCUUGAGACUUGAGUUCCAAUACGUUUGAAAAUGGCAUCCUCGAGCACACCUGGAACAGCGGGACAACUCGUUAAACCAGAGUACAGAAACUGGCUCGCUCUUGGUCAUGCCUUAACGACAGUCCUUUGUCAUGGACUUCGUCCGUUUAUUACGCGAGAGAUGGAGGCUUUCUAUAGGAAUUUAACGGCAAGAGUUGCUGGGCCCUGUACGUGUGUCCAUGUCUCAAGAAGAAGGCCAAAUGAGUUCCACGAUAUGACUACAUGCCCAUGGGCGAACAUACUUGAAGUCUAUCACCAUAAAAACAAACCAAACUGGAGGCAAAGUGAUCCAGCCAAAUGGAUGGACCCAGUUCUUGGUCCGUGGGAGAUUGCGAAACUCUUCCUUCCUGAUCUGGGUGGACAUGCUGAUAUCAAGAGUGCAGACGACAUGGACGUCACUGGUAUCUUAAACCUAGUGAACUGGUGCAAUCACUUCACCAUUCCUCAGGCUUUGAUUAAAGAUGUCCGCAGCACUCGAAACAGAUGGUGGGGGCAUGUUCCGAGGCUUGAGUUGACCGAUGCAGACAAAAAUGUCGCCUUUGACUUCAUUGAAAACCUCCUGAAGACUCCUCAACUAGGUUCAGAUCCAGACGCACAAAAAGCACUCGCAGAAAUUGUAAAUCUUAGAAGUAUUUCAAACUUGCACAGUUUCGAGGCUCACGUUUUAGGCGAGCUCAUAGAGGUGUUGAAGUUCAAGACAACUCAUAUGGCUGAAUUAGAACAGAUGAAAAAACUGAUGUUUCUUUUGGAAAAGAGGUUGGAAGACCUGGAGCGAAAGGAAGUCUGUUUGUCACUUUUCCACUUAACGCGAAAUACUUUGAAAAUCGUGCACAGCAAUCUCGUAAUAAAUCUCAAAGGGAUCAGAAAGACUAUUUUAGUAAUGUGGCUGGUAAUGGCUUUCUCUUUCUCGUUCUUUGUAGUAGAGCUGGACGAUGAUUCUUUUAUCAGAGGUUGUCCUUCGGAAGAUCUUAGUGUCCCAUUUGACACAAAAGAAUUUGUUUGGUUGGAUUACUUAAAAAGUGCCAAAGAAGGGUUCAUUGGCCGCAGCUGGCUUUUUCGAGAACUAGAAUCUUCUUUCCAUCACACGGUUCAUGAAAAUAAUAUAACUGGUGUCCUAAUAAUUGGGAAUCCAGGAACUGGAAAAUCUGCUCUGUCUGCCCAAUUAGUUUGUUCCCGAACAUCAAGUCGCAUCAUCAACGAACGUAUUUUAGGAUACCAUCUUUGUAAACAUUCUGAUAAGAAUACACAGACUGCAGGAAAAUUUGUUCGUAACUUAGCAGAUAUGAUAGCAAGGAGAAUACCAGAGUAUGGUUUCCUUGUCUCCAAUAGUUCCCACAUCAUGCGUUCACUGUACACUGACUGUGUAACCAUUCAAGAUCCAGUGGGCUGUUUUGAGCAAGCGAUUUUGACACCCUUGAAAAGCCUAUCUAACUUGCCAAACGGUAACUGGUAUAUUGUCAUUGAUGCUUUAGAUGAAUGCUUGACCCAAACAGAAAUGCGGCACAGUAUUAUGUUUUUGCUCAAAUCCAAGAUUCCUAGGUUUCCAUCAUGGCUGAAGCUUGUAGUAACAUCUCGUAACCAGUCAACCAUUUCUUUUCAUGCAGGCUACAUGAAGAAAUUAAUUAUUCACCCUCAAGACGAUCGUAACUACCAAGACAUCGAAUUGUUUUUGACCACAAAAUUUUAUCGUGAUGGUCCUCUGAUUCAUAGGGUAAAUUCUUUGUUCGGAGACAGUAGCAAACAAAAGAUUGACAAGUUGAUUGAUGCCCUGUUAAACAGAAGUCAGGGGAAUUUUUUGUUUGUUAAAGAGAUGAUUAAACACUGGGAAACUUCAAGAAUAACAAGAGAUGAUCCCUACGCUCUGCCUAAUACACUUGAGGAUUUGUUUCAUAGUUACUUCCAAAGAUACUACGGUGGGCGAGAUAAGUUUAAAGCUGUACGACGCGUGCUAGAGCUACUCGUGGCAACAUUUCAGCCACUGACGGAAAAAGAAAUCUUUCACGUUCUAAGAACGAAAGAACCAGACCUGGAUGAGGAAUACGAUUUUAAAGAUAGAAUUAAACCAAUUGAACAUUUCCUUACGUAUGGAGAGAAUGGUGUGGUAACGUUGUAUCACCAGUCUUUAACGGAAUGGCUCACUGGCGACAACACUGGAAACGAGCCAUUCUUCGUGAGUAAAAGGAAAGGGCACGACACGUUUUGCGAAUUUUAUUUCAAAGUAAUUUCUGAGGGUGAUGGAUCAGCUAUAUCAAAAUACAGCUUUACUUUGGCGAGGCAUAUUGCUUAUGGUGCGGAAUUGAACAAGUUAUACGUGAGAAAAUUUUCUACCUUCCCCUCGGAGUUUGUUAAUUGUUCAGAUUCUAAAAGCCUUAGGACAUCACUGCACCUUGCGGCUACAAUAAACAACACAAAUCUUCUGAAACUUUUUUUACCUCAUUUUAGCUACGUCGAUUCUGCUGAUAGUCAUGGAAUGACACCUGCAUUUUUAGCAGCUGAACACGGGCUUUUAGACAACCUAGUUUUUAUAAUGAGGAAGGGAGUCAAUGUAAAUCACAAAACGAAGUCACUUACCUCGCCUGAUUUUAAUUAUGGCUAUGGCUUUGCUGAUGUAGUUCUUGAGUCAAAAUCUAAAUUCAGAAGUUCUACUAUGCUUCAUGCUGCAGCUCAUGGAGGCCAUCUGAACGUUGUCCACUUCCUUCUUAGCAAAGGUGCAUCCAUCUCAACUUUAAACGAUGUUCAUCAAACGGCACUCCAAGCAGCUGCCGAAAAUGGACAUUUGGAAGUUGUUAAAGCUUUACACGAGGCAGGCGGAGUUCCAGAUCAAACAGCUUUGUUUCAGGCAGCAACGAAAAAUAGGUUAGAUGUAGUAAAAUACCUUUUGAAAAUGGGCGUGGAGGAUAAAUGUUUGAGAUGUGACGGUUCUUUCUACUGGCUGGAGGGGGAGACCCGGCUACAGACUCAAAUUAAACACUUAAAAAUGAGUGUGUUAUUUGAAACCCAAGAAAUGUUGUAUGGCGAGCUAUUCGACGACAAACAUUUAAUUUUUUGUCAAACUGCACUCUACGCAUCAAUAUCGUUUGGUUAUAAAGAGGUCACAAAGGAACUAGUUGCUAGUGAUAAGCAGGCUUUAACCUGUCAUGAUUACACAGGAAGGACACCUUUGCAUGAAGCCGUUCGAAAGAAUGACAGAGAAAUAGUACAAUUCCUGCUGAUGGAGGGACACGCAAAGAUUGAUUCAACUUGUAACCAUUGGCAAGUUGUAUCAAAUUUAACCUUGAGUCGUGAAGAAUUCUCCGAAUACGUCAGGGAUGUCUGCCAUUGUGGUUAUACUCCCCUUCAUUUGGCAGCGCGCUAUGGGUACCGAGAAAUUGCGGUUUAUCUUAUAAAAAGCGGGGCACGGGUUGAAGCUCAAGACUGCUUUGGAGCGACUCCAAUUCACAUAGCUGCUUGCCAUAAUCAUACGAAAGUAUUGCAUGUCCUUCUGGAACUCGGUGCUGAGAUCAGCAGCAAAACGUUUAACGGGUCGAUGCCCCUUCAUAGUGCUGCAGCAUGCGGUGCCCUUGAGACGAUCGAUCAGUUACUUCAUUAUGGGGCAAUCCUUGACGCUGGUGACGAUAAUGGCCUUACCGCGUUACACUAUACUAUACUCAACGUAAAUUCUAGUAAUGUUGAAAGGCGAUUCUUCACCGAUGUCAAUGGGAUGGUAACUGAACGUAGAGGUCAUCUUGCUGAUUUUUAUCUGGACGAAAACAACAACUUAAAAAACACGGACUUUUACAGAUGGUUAGAUGUAUUAAUCAGGUUGUCCCUUCGAGGCGCUAAUAUUAAUGCGGUCGAUGUCUUCGGUCGAACAGUUUUGCAUAUAGCAGCCGCGAACGGAUUGGCGGAUGCCGUAAACGUACUCUUAUUGAGGAAGGCUAAACUUGAAGUGCCUGACAAAACUGAUCAUACGCCGUUAGACCUAGCAGUAAAAAACUCCUCUCCCCCGCCAGAGGCAUCACUUUUCUUCGAUGAAAAUAGUCCACAACAGCUUCGACAACAUUUACGUGAUCACGGAAUGGUCGUCUACCUUCUACUCGCUAAUGGUGCAUCACUGAAGAAAUGCGAUCAUCGUAGUAAGAGUCUGUUACAUCAUAGCAUUCUUAAUGGUGAGCCUUACAUUGCGCAGCUUCUGUUAUUUUUGGGAGCUGGUAUAAACUGCAAAGAGAAUAGCGAAACAACAAUUCUCUCAGCUCUCCUUCUUCGUGGUCUCAAUUGGGCUCAUCUGGCUCUUAAACACCUUCACGGACCUCUUACGCUUGAAUGUGGAAAGCCAUUUAACACUUCGGUUUUUCAUUUAAUUUGCUACAACUCUCCAAGAAUGGAAUACUAUAACUUUUUCCAACACAUCUCGUGUGAUGAUCGUACAUGUUCAUCAAAGAAUGGACCAUUAAUUACGGCUAUUGAAAUGCAUCGUCUGAAGUUCAAAUUAAUCGAUUCCUGUUUAGAUGCCGAAGGAUAUUCACCUUUACAAAGAGCUGCACAAGGUGCAAACUUAAUUGCAGUUCGUAACCUCAUAAAGCAUGGUGCUAACGUUUCCUUAUUGAAUCCACAUGGACAUGACGCCUUAACUAUGGCUCUUCUCAACAUGAGGUUAGACGAAAUCGCAGACAAUCAUGGUAUAUCUGCAAUGAUAGAAACUUCUGCUGUGGCACUGGAGCUCCUUCGCCACAAAAUGAGACGUGGCUUUCAAAUCGUGUGUGAUUCCAGUAAAACUGAACUUACCCUGUACCAUUUGGCAGCCUCCCGUGGACUUAUAAACUUCAUUCAUGAGAUCUUUAAAAAUAAGAAGCUUCAUCAGUUAGAUGUUAAUUGUCCUAACAAGGACGGAGUGACUCCAAUAUACCUGGCAAAGAUAUUCUGCGGCUCCUUCGGGAUAAAUGGAUACUUCCUGUGGGACCACGUUGUCCAGUUCAUUGAAAACCAAGGGGGUAAGAUGCAAUAUCCUGGCAAAGAUGCUGAAUACAAUGUAAUCUACAACAGGUUGUAUGGUGGGAUUCCGACGGAAGUAAACCCACAUUUAAGGUCCGAUGUUCGUUACUUUGUCACUGGACUUUUGUCGGCUCUUAGUUAUAGGCAAAGCCACACUAUGGACUGUAGGUCUAUUAAUUUAUUACACUUUAAUAGACUUGCUCAUGGACCACACUUAUUUAGUAUUUUAAUGGAAUUUCAAAGGGAAUUGGUGUUUUUAAAAGUUCAAAGUUUUCGGUCAACAAUACCUGAGGAUAUUUGCAAAAAGGAACAAAAAAGGGUUGAUUUCUGUCUUCAUGUUUAUCUCAAGUAUAGAGACGUAUCUGUUGAGUCUUCUUCUUCUAAACUGCAAUUAAGGCUUUUUCAUUUAAUGAAGUGGCAUGAGGAGGUAUUCGGGCUUUUGUCUUGUCUUAAACUUACUUUUCAUAAACAUCGACAGUAUUUUAUGGACAAAAAGAAACUGAUACACCUUAUUAAGCAGUAUGAGGGCACUAUGUCGUUGCAUCAUCUCAGCGAACUUUGCAUCACAUUUGAAGCUGCUUUCACGAGCCAUUUAUUGCACUAUUUCAGGGACGGUGGUGUUGCUGAACUGGGAGUCGUAUUCCCUCCAGAAUUUUUGAAACAGCGAAUGGGAUGGGGUAACGGCUUUGUUAAAUCGUGGCCAAUAAGGUUCCUGGUUAAUUUUAACUUAGGUUUCUAUCGUCGGUAUGAUUACUUAAAAGUUCUUAACUCCAGAUUAAGAUCAAGAAAGCGUACCGCAGUUCAUCCAUUCACUUAAACAAAAUUAUAUACAAGAAUGCA